GUAUGAUAGCACGUGUUGUGGCUGUUCAGUCCGCGUUUUGUUACCCUAAUUUUUUGUAUUUAUUAGGUAAAAUUUAAAUAGUGGAAAAUAAAACUUAAGUAAAUAUGGCUAUGUUAGCGGAACCCCGUCGGCGCAAGCGGUACAAUUUGUGUCCACGCGGCAAGGCAUUGUAUGAAGAUGAAAACCGAUUUGGCACCAAAAUGCUGGAGAAGAUGGGCUGGACAAAAGGCAAUGGCUUGGGCGCCAAGCAGGAUGGCGAAAAGGAUUUUGUUCGCAUUCGCUUCAAAAACGACGCUGAAGGAUUGGGUUUCGAAGCGAGGGAUGACCAGUGGACCACUCACGAAGAGGGUUUCAAUGGACUAUUAAAGUCACUGAAUGGCGAAGAUAAUGAGGCUAAUGGAAAGGAAUCUGACCCCGAAGAGGAAAAUAGACCCAUGGGUUUUGGUUUUAAAGUCGAUCAACCGGAGGAACCGUCCAAGAAAAAACUCAAGGAGAACAUUAGUGGUAUGUCACUGGAGGAGAAGUCUAAGCAAAGUAGGGCUCGAGUUCACUACAAAAAGUUCACACGUGGCAAGGACCUUUCUCAAUACAGUGAAAAAGAUUUGGCCAAUAUAUUUGGUAAAAAAGCCACAGACGUUGUCGAUGUCCCGGAGCAACUAGAGGUGGAGCAGCCCAAGGAAGAAAAAUUGGUGGAUGACAAUUUCGCUGGCGUGCAAACUGUAGCCACUGGCCUUUCGGUCAGCGAUUAUUUCAAGCAGAAAAUGGAAGCCAUGAAAAACAGGCUGAAGAAAGGAGUGCAGAGCACUCCAACGAUGAAUGAUAAUUCUGAAGAACAGGCUAAUGGCCAUGAUGAAAAGCUCGCUGAGAUCUUAGCGGAAAAUGAUCUAGAGCCCAGCAAAAAAAAGAAGAAAAAGAAGGAUAAGGAAAGGACUGUCGAGCCAACAGUUGCACAGGACGAAAUCGGGCAAUCUGCCCCCAAACUAAAGAAAAAGAAAUCCAAACGCUCAUCUCAAGAUGACACUGAACCCACGGAGGUAAUCUGCGUUGAGGAAAAACUAAUUACAAGCGAAGAGUCCAAUCCACAGAAACGAAAGAAAAAAAAGGACAAAAAGGAAGAAACGGCAGAAGAUACAAGUGAAAUCAUUGAACUUUCUGUAGAGCCUACUCUAAAAAAGAAAAAAUCUAAUAAGAAGGAGGAGGUUGCAGAUGUGAUAGAAAUUAUUGAACAAAUAGUAAAACCAGCCCAAAAGAAAAAAUCCAAUAAAAGCAAAGGAACUCAGGAUUUCGUGGAAUCCGUCGAGAAAAAUGAAAAACCAGCCACAAAAAAGAAGUCCAACAAACUGCAUGAAACUACAGAAGACCCACUAGAAUCAAUAGAGAAUCCUGAGGAACCAGUCCCGAAAAAGAAAAAAAAGUCUAAGAAACCCGAGUUGGCGGAUUCGGAAGUAAUCAUAAUUAAUGAUGACUUAUCGGAAACCAUGUAUGAAAAUGUUAGUAAAAAGAAAGGUACAAAAUGUAAAGAUGGCAACCAAACUCAUGUAGGAAAUGAUCUUGAAAUCGCAGACGAAACUAGCACAAAAAAGAAAAAGAAGUCAAAGGAACCGAAAAGGCCAGAAACCGAGGAAGUAGAGUCAAAGGAAAUACCGCCCCCCGCAUCUGAUAUUCAAAAAACAUCAAAGAAGAAAAAUAAACUCAAUAAGACCGCAAACGCUGUACUGGAGAGUUCUGCACUUGCUACCCCCGUAAGUGCCGUUAAUAAUAUCUCUGGGGAUAAGUGCAAUCAAUCAGCUGAUGAAGAUUUGCCUGUAACUCUCUUAUCGCUGGAAGAGAUACAUAAAAAACUAAAUAUUAAUAAUAUUUCUGGGGAUAAAGGCGAUCAAUCAGCUGAUGAAGAUCUGCCUAUAAACCUCUUAUCGCUGGAAGAGAUACAUACAAAACUCAAAACACUUAAUACUUUUGAAAUUUCUCAAUUUUGUGCAGAAAAAUUUCAAAUGUUCGACAUGAGUCAGUUUACCAAGUCGACACUGUCCGAGAUUGUGGGCUAUGGGACGAGUGAGAACGUGGAGCUGAAAGUGGUGGCAAAUAAAACCGAUGAACGGCGCAUACUAGACCUUUGGAGUAAUAAAUCGAUUGAAACAUCUAAGAAUUGGAAGCAUCCACGUUAUCCGAAUAAGGUGAGGCCUGUGACGAUUCGAGCGGUAAAGAAAAGAGUCGCUUUUAAUGGAAUUUAGCUCAAGCAAACGAAAUAUAAUUCAACGUGAUUCUUAUUUUUGUUCGUUUUGUACAUAAACAACUUAAGUAGGUAGUUUGUAAGCUUCAUGGUUUACAUUUUAAUGUAUAACAACAUAAUUAAUUAAACUGAACUAUACAUUUCAA